AUGACCGUCUACGAUGACUGGGGGUAUCCCGUUUCGUCGUCGCGCAACCGCUUCCGCGAGCCGCCCACCCUGAUGCAGCACAUUCAACUAUACGCCAGGUCGCUCCUUGUGCGCGCAGCCAUCUACAACCCCAAUGCCCCUGCCGGCAAGACCUGGAACCUCCGGCCCAUCUUCUCCGUGCCCAACAUCCUGACCCUCGUCUGGCUGUUCUUCCUGCAGUCGCACGAGCGCUCCGCCUUCAGCGACAGCAUCAGGUCCUGCGACUGGAGCAACUGGGAGAGCUGGCCCCACGAUGCCACUCCACACCGUCUCGUCUUCGUUGCAGACCCACAGCUCGUUGACCCGCACACCUACCCCGGCCGCCCGUGGCCUCUGUCCACCCUGACCGUCGCAUACACCGACCAGUACCUCCGCCGCUCGUGGUCGCUGAUCCAAGAGGACCUCUACCCGGAUACCGUCUUCUUCCUGGGCGACCUGUUCGACGGCGGUCGAGAAUGGACCGCAGACGGCAGCGUCAGUGAGGACAAGCAGUGGAAGAAGUACGGAGACAGCUUCUGGCUGCGUGAAUAUGACCGCUUUGGCCGGAUAUUCUUCAACCACUGGGGCGAUGCGGGAAUGGCGCCACGACUAGGCCAGCCAGGACGCAAGCUGAUCGCUGGACUGCCUGGGAACCACGACCUGGGAUUCGCUGCUGGCAUUCGUACCAACGUGCGGAAGAGGUUCAAUGCUUACUUUGGCGAUGGAAACCGGAUCGACGUUAUAGCAAACCACACUUUCGUCUCGAUAGACGCUGUUUCGCUGAGUGCGCUGGGACACGCCGCGGGUUCUGAGGAUAUUUGGAAGCCGACCCAGGACUUCCUCGACCAGGCGCAGGCGGAGAAGAGACGAGCUGUUGCGAGGGAAUUGAGGGCGAGGAAAGGCUUGAAUCCAAACCCGCUCUAUGCCCACAAGGUUUUCGACGGCGCAGACAUGGCGAAAGCGAAGUUGCCAAUCGCGGAUGCCGGUGAUGCCGAGUUUCCAACAAUCCUCCUCAGCCACGUCCCUUUGUAUCGAGCUGAAGGAACACCCUGUGGUCCCAUGAGAGAACACUGGCCGCCUACCGAACCGCCAAAAGGUCAAAAGGAACCUGUCUUCCCUGACGAGCGUAACGCCAUCGCCGUCCGGGGCGGCUACCAAUACCAAAACGUUCUUACCAAGGAUGUGUCCAAAGACGUCACCGAAAAGAUUGGCAACAUUGAGUAUGCUUUCUCGGGCGAUGAUCACGACUACUGUGAAGUGGUCCACAAAGGCUACCAGUCCGGUGGACACAGCGGCAUUCGCGAAAUUACGGUCAAAUCCCUCUCCUGGGCUAUGGGCGUCCGCCAUCCCGGAUUCGUCAUGCUCAGCCUCUGGAACCCGGUCGAUGACGCGGGACAGUCUCUCCGCACGACGGAUCCCACCGUCCAGAGCCAUCUCUGUCUCAUGCCCGACCAGCUCGGUGCUUUCAUUCGCUACGCCACCCUCUUCGGCAUCACGCUUUUCAUCCUCAUGAUCCGCGCCCUCGUCCUAAAGAUCAAAGCCUCCUCCGCUUCCUCCAGCUCCAACAACCCUGACGACGCACCAAUCCUUCCCCUGGCCGAGGACCACAGAAACACGUCUUCCGCCGAGCAGGAGAAGAAGAAGCUUCUGGUGGGAGCGGCAGCUGCCGAAGCCCAGGGAAGUAGCCGCAACCGCACCGAUUCAAUGGGCGAGGGUGCCUCUUCCAACUCGUCGACAACUUCGCCCGACAGUAAGACCGGUCUGUCCGCCCGCUCGGCUCAGCAGCCACGGAACACUACAGGACGCAAUCCCAGUCCUGUCCCCUCAGGCGGCUAUGGCUUGCCCCCCUCGUCAUCAUCGCCGAUGAACGGAAACGGCUACGGCGGGGGCUAUCAUGCGAACGGUGGCCCCGGAAAUGGCGCUGCGAAGCUGCCGCUCGUGGCAUACGCGGGCUUCUACCCCGAUCGCGCGGAAGAGAAGAAGAGGGAGCGGGAAAAUGCAACGGUCAGCACGAAACCGGCCAAGAGGAGGAAGAAGGGGGAAGGAGUGUUCAGAGAAGAAUUAGGGAAGAGCGUGGUGAGGAUUGCGGUGGUGGUGCUGACGUGGUAUUUCUGGCUGAUUUGGAGAUGGUAG